AGCGCUGCCACAAGCUUUUUGUUUGCGCUGGCAUCGCGUGGAAACAGUUGCAAGCCUUUGAACGAUCAGCGACGACGACGAAAACUUUUGCGCGGAUACAAACAUUUCUUUUGGUGUUGCUUUGUGCAGGCGCCUCCUUGUCGCCAACGUCGCCGCCGACGCCAACAACACACAGCAAGCUGACAACAGCAACAGCAACUGCAACAACAACAGCAACAACAAUAAACAAAGAGUGCGUUAAGAGCAGCUUGCUUAGCUUAUCGAAAUUUAGCAAUUGCAAUACAACAAUUCGAGAAUUCGUUAAAUUUUUUUUUGGUUUUUUAUUGCUUAUUGAACAGCGCGUUUUAUACUUUUUAGCUUCAGUUCUUUCGCUUGUGUUAAAUGUGCUAAAAACAAACAAACAACAACAACGACAGUUAACAAACAACAACAAUACAAACUAACAACAGUAAGCAGUGGCCUGUGGCAGUUGCAGUUGCAACAACAACAACAACAGCAGCCGACGGCAAAGUGAAUUAAACACGGAACAGCGCACAGCAGCAAUCAGUUGCUCACAACAGUGACAAGUGUCAAGUGUAAGAAACUAGAGCAAAGAGAUCCUUGCAUAUAAGCAAAUCCUUUUUGUUGCAUAUUUUUUAUUGUUUGCACGCGCUCGCGCUCUCGUACGCUUAAUUCGAUGCUGCAACAGCAACAACAACAACAACAGCAGCAGCAGCUCAAUAACAGCAACAUUUAUUUUUUGUGCAACACACAGUAAGAAAAUUAACUGAGCAAACAACUGAGAGUAACAAUACAAUCAUUGUACGCCUCAAAAUUACAACACCAACAACAACAGGAGCAGCAGCAGCAGGAGCAGCAGCAGCAGCAGCAGCAGCAGCGGCAGCAGCAGCUAAAAUGCUAACGGACAUGACACCGACGGCCGGCCAAUUGUACGGCUCACAAAUACCAGCAAUGGCAGGCAUGAACAUAAGCAACAUUGCCACACAUUUGCAGAAGCCGCAAGUGAAUCCGGAUCACCCCAGCCUAAGAGGCACACCGCUGGCCAUGCUGGCCGCCCAAUGCAACAAGUUGUCGAACAAAUCGCCGCCCCCGCUGGCCGAUGCGGCAGUCGGCAAGGGCUUUCAUCCCUGGAAGAAGAGCCCCAAUUCACCAGCGGCGGGCAGCAGUGGCAGCGGCACCGCUGGCGGCGGCGGCGGCGGCGGUGGCAGCAACAGCAGCAGCGUUGGUCAACACUCACCCUGCGCCAUUUCGGCGGCCAGCUCCUCCAGCUCCAGCGGCAGCGGCGGAGGCGGCGGCGGCAACAAUCAGGCCUCGCGCAGUCUCUCCUCCAGCGCCAGCAGCAGCAGCAGCACGAUGGUCAACAUUACCGCUAGCAUCUAUCCUUACAGUCGGCCGCUCGCCUCGUCCUGCGCGGCAGUUAGUGGCUCAGCGUCCGCCUAUGGCAGCGAUUUAUAUUUUCCGAACACAGCGACAUCGACGGCCAGCAUGGCCAGCAUGGCGGACAAUCAUCACAUGCACCAGGGGCUGCUGGGCAAGGUGGAGGGCGCCGCGUUCGGCUCCGUCUACUCGCGUCAUCCGUACGAUUGGCCCUUCAAUGCGGUUUCGCAUAAGGCCGCCGAGGCGGCGAGCGUCAACUCCGGCUGGUGGGACAUGCACAGCGCCGCUGCAGCGGGCAGCUGGCUGGACAUGGGCAGCGCCGCCGCUGCGGGCAUGCACUCGACGAUGGCGAAUUACGCCAGCGCCGCCGCAGCGGGCACGGACUACAGCUCGGCGCUGUCGCACUCGCUGUCGAAUACGGCGCAUUUGCUGGGCUCCGGGCAGCAUCUGCUGCAGGAUACGUACAAGAGCAUGCUGCCGGGCCAGGGCGUUGGCGGCUUCUCGCUGCCGCAUAGCUCGCCAUCGGCGGCGGCAACGGCUGCCUCGCCGCAGGCAUCGACGCCCCCGACGACGCCGUCGCCGCGCUCGCAGCGUCGCUAUGCGGGACGCGCCACCUGCGACUGCCCCAACUGCCAGGAGGCGGAGCGCCUGGGGCCGGCUGGCGUGCAUCUGCGCAAGAAGAACAUCCACUCGUGCCACAUCCCGGGCUGUGGCAAGGUCUACGGCAAGACGUCGCAUCUGAAGGCGCAUCUGCGUUGGCACACCGGCGAGCGUCCCUUUGUGUGCAACUGGCUGUUCUGCGGCAAGCGCUUUACGCGCUCCGACGAGCUGCAGCGGCAUCUGAGGACGCACACCGGCGAGAAGCGCUUUGCUUGCCCCGUGUGCAACAAGCGUUUUAUGCGCAGCGACCAUCUGGCGAAGCACGUGAAGACGCACAACGGCACGGCGCCGAAUGGCAUUAAAAAGGGCUCCUCGGAGUCGUGCAGCGAUUCUGAGGAUCCUGCCAAUCAGUCGGGUGAGUCCAACGGGCUGGGCGGCGCGUCCAGUGGCCAACAGACGGGCGCAGGCGGUGGCGGCGGGGGUGGCUCCGCCAGCUCCAAUACCGGCAACAACAACAAUGUUGCUGCAUCCAGCUCCAACGCUGUUGCCGGCAAUGCAGCUGGCAGCCAUCCCGGCACCCCGACCUCGCUGCAUGCGCACAGCGCCUCCAGCACGUCCAGCAACCAACUGCUGGGCGGCGGUCUGCACCUGGCCACGCCGCACCAGAUGGUCGCCGCGGGCGGCUCGCCGGUGAUGCUACAUCAGCAGCACCAGCAGCAACAACAACAACAACAGCAACAGCAUCAGCAGCAGCAACAACAGCAGCAACAACAACAGCAGCAACAGCAGCAGCAACAUGCGCACCAGUCGGCCCAUCAGCAACAGCAACAGCAGCAGCAACAAUUUGCACAACAGCAAUCACAUCCGCAUGCGCAUCUGCAUCAUCAUCAUCAUCAUCAUUUGGUGGGUGCCUCGGCGCCCAGUCCCGGGCUAGAUCAUCGAUUGGAUCACAGCGCUCUGGUCGAUAUAAAGCCGCCGAUGGUUUGAGGUUCGCUGGGACCCUUUCUGUUCACCAACUGAGCAGAAAUGGGUUCCCGGGUUACCGCAACCCACCCCCCCUCUCUAACUUAUAAACUUUGUUCUAUAUAAUUCAGCUAUAUAUAUCGUAUACGAUAUAAUAUUUUUUUUUAGUAACGCGUAACAUUUUGUAAGUCCCUUAGGUGUUUUUGCAGGUGCAGUACAUAAAUUAAUAAAUAAAUGGCAUUUUCUUUAU